AGUGUGGUCAAAACAAACAGUAAUACUAGGGGCUGGUAGCUAGUUUAUUGGUGGAAAAAAGGAGAAUCAUAGAUUGUUGAUAUCCUUACAUCCUUCCUUUUGAGUCAGGCGAUCGGACCAUUAUCACCCUUGGAAGAAGGCCACCGUAAGAAACAAACCCAUCGCACAGUGUAGCCUGUUUGAGCAGCCAGCAACAUAAUAGUGCACAAUGGGAGAACGAAAAGGGCAGAAUUUGUACUACCCACCGGAUUACGAUCCCAAGGUGGGAGGCUUAAACAAAUGGCAAGGAACGCACGCCUUGCGGGAGCGCGCCCGCAAAAUACAUCUGGGCAUUCUCAUCAUUCGGUUCGAAAUGCCCUACAACAUCUGGUGCGAUGGAUGUAAAAACCACAUCGGAAUGGGCGUUCGUUAUAAUGCGGAGAAAAAGAAGGUGGGAAUGUACUACUCGACCCCGGUUUAUCAGUUUCGUAUGAAGUGUCAUCUGUGCGACAAUCAUUUCGAGAUCAAAACCGAUCCCCAAAAUCUUGACUAUGAGAUUGUGUCUGGCGCGAGGAGACAGGAGAACCGGUGGGAUCCAAUACAGAAUGAACAGAUUGUCCCGGAAACGAAAGAAGUCCAGAGGAAACUUUUUGAUGAUGCUAUGUACAAGUUGGAGCAUGGAGCCAAGGAUACACAGGCGGCCGAGGAGGCCAAACCCGUGCUGGGGCGUUUGUUUCAGCGAAACGAUUCUGUUUGGCGGGAUGAUUUUGAAGCAAACAGCAAGUUAAGAGCCCAGUUUAGGAAACGUAAAAAGGAGCUAAAAUUACAAGAGGAAAAGGAUAGUGCAUUGCUGGCAAAAUCAAGUCUUUCGGUUGCAUUGCUUCCAGAAAGCGAUAGCGACCGAAGAAUGGCGCAACUGAUGCGACUACAUUCGUCCAAAACCGUCCAAGAAAAGGACCUGGAAAGACGACGUGCGAUCCUUAAUCGGCCAUUGUUGCCUUCCACCUCCUCCAGUACAGGAGCAUUUGUUGCUGCGAAAGAUGUCGGUGUUAAAUUGGACACAAAAAGCUUGGGAAUAGUGAAAAAACCGACGGCUACCAAUGAAAAAGUAGGUCGAUCUUCAACAGCUGGUUCAUCGGAGAUACUGUUGUUGGAGGUAACACAAUCAAGUAAACACAAUGCAGAUCAGAAUGUUUCGAAAUCUUGUUCUCAAAAACAUCAAGAAUCGUUAGAUAAACCAAUUCCUGAACAGCGACCUCAGUUGCUGCUGUGUAACUACGGUUCGGAGUCCAGCGAAAGCGAUUAAAAGAACUUUGCUAAUUCAGUAGAAAUAUAUUACUUUUAUAC